GAUACUUGCAAGUGUGAAGUCGGCUUCGGCGGCGCCACUUGUAAUAAGACAUGCCCAACUGGAAAAUUCGGACCCACUUGUGAAGAGGACAUGCCUGUGUACGAAUGGUGCCUGCGAUCCGGAAAAUGGUGCAUGCUACUGCACACCAGGAUUCAAGGGACCCCAUUGCGACCAGAAAUGCGCUCCCAAUCACUGGGGACAGGACUGUGUGGAACGCUGUCAGUGCAAAAAUGAUGGAGUUUGCGACCAUAUCACCGGAGAGUGUAGCUGUCCAUCAGGAUACACAGGACCCUUGUGUGAAGAAAUCUGCCCGACCGGAACCCAUGGGAACUCUUGUCAAAGGGAAUGCAGCUGUCAGAAUGGAGGGGUGUGUGAUCCUUCAGAUGGAUCCUGUAUCUGCACUCCUGGUUACACC